CUGCUGCUCCUGCUUGCACUGUUCUUCAUCUACAAGAAACGGAGACCAAACACUGACUACUAUGUUGACUCCAACGGCCGUAUGGUGGGUCUGAUGGAGAGCGGCUGGCUGUCGAAGCUGGCAUUCUGGAAUAGAGACAAAAACAGGGGCGAUUUCGGCGACGAUGACGAUGAGGAUUUGAGCGGUUUCAAUAAACAGUCAACAGGAGAGACAGGAUUUGUGGUGAAUAGAGCCAAGACUGUGAGACACACCAAUCCCGGUACCACUUUUUAA